AUGGUGCUACGGUUGCAAAUGAUUGAAAUGGUCGAAUUAGAAUUUUCUGGAUUAGAAAUUAGUCCUAAGGCCAGCUCAGCGAGGACAGAAGCCUCGAAUGGAGCAAAAGGGCAAAGGCUUGAUCUCGAUGUUCAACUGUGCCUUCGAAAAUGUUUACAAAAAUGGAAGCAAUUAUUUAAAUGGCAUUUUAAAGAAAUUGUCAAAGAUUGGGAACCUAGUCUUAUACUUCGCAUGCUGGUAACAGCUGGUGAAUAUGCCCGAUUAUAUCGAUAUGAAGAUUGUGAAGCUGAAGUAUGGACUUUGGCAUAUCAGUUAGAACAUAUCAUAAAGCAUAGAAAUUCUACGAACGAAAAUGUAAUUGGCACCAUUGCUAUCUUUUGGAUAAGUUUAGCAGACCUCUAUUUUGAAUAUGAAAAGUAUGAAGUCUUUCAGGAAUUUUAUUUCUUGCUAAUAGAACCGGACUAUGCUGCCAAACUAUUAAAAUCGCUGUGUUAUAUCGAUCUGUCGCGUUUACAAUUGGAGGAUUGCGAGGUGAAGCUACAAGGCCUCGAACACAUGUUGAACGUCGAAACGUUUCAAUUAUCGAUAGAGGUUUCCACCAGAUCCGUAGAAACAUCGUUCGUUCAUCUCGCAGUGACUCCCACGAAAAUUGUAGAUGCUGUCAGAGAUGCGCCUCAGUAUGGUGCUUCCCCAGUGCUCGGCAUUAAAGUUUUUGAUCCGCCAAAAUUCACAUCGCAUAUAAAUUGCGAUUGCUACAAGUGUAGCAACGUUUCGUAUCAGUACUUGGUAUUUGCUAUCACUUAUAUCAGAGCGCAGUUAUAUGCCUUGCAGAAUCAUACCAUGGCACUCGAUCAUUUCUACGGCGCUUUUCAAUUAAGGCAAAGACUAUUCAAAGAAGAAAAAUCAGUUCUACCUUGGCAAACUCGUUUCUACAUAAUCGAUUACAUACUGCUAUUGAUCAAUUUUUGUUAUUUUCUGAAAGCGGAAGUAACAUCAAGGCAAGAAGUAUUCAAUUUUGCCAAUUUAGCGGUCAAUAUAUGCGACAAAUAUAAAUUGCAGUAGCAUCCCGUCUACAUAACGGUUAAGAACCUGGCAUUUAACAAUGGAUUCCAACCGGUAUUGGAAUCUUCAGAUUUAAAGUUUACGGUUCCGCAGCCACACGAAAUUGAUACAACUGACCAUGCAAAAAUCCCAAUUGAUCCAAGCGUUUGUGUUACAUCAUCCGUUCAAAAUCAUUGUGUCAAGAAAUCUCGUUCACUUCGACGUAGAAAAAGCCCAAUAGCUUCAAAGAUAACUAAAAUUAACAUGAUUUGGAAUAAUGAUGAAGAUGAUGAUAGUGUAUCUCCACCACCACCACCUGUGAAAACUAUAAAUGAUAUUACUGAGCUGGCGUCUUUAGUUUCAGAUAUGUCGAACAUUUUAUUCAACUUGAUAGAUAAGUCAGAUUUACCUGCCACAAAGGAAUAUGUAGAUAAAUUGAUAGAAAAUCUCAAAAUUAAAUCGAAGAUGACAAUAAACGGUAAGACGAAUAAAAAUGUCAAUUCGUCUACUUCGAGAAAACCUGAAUAGGCUAAUAAAUUACAAGAUCAGACAAUUCCUCGACAAAUUCGUAAACAGAAUAAGUUUUUUAAGAGCAAAACAUCGAAAGAAUAGAAAAGGCAGACACACCAUUAACGAAUAAGCAUAAAACUGUGCGAAAUAAAUGUUCCAAAUUACCUGUAAAUAAUGAACACAGUACAAGAACGACAAUAU